AGGAGGGUCCAGGACUCCCUCAGCGAAACACACAGAUUCGCAGACACACGCGCGCGCACGCACACGCGUACGGCUUGUCAGGCGUGUCAGAGGAGCGCUCGAGCUUCUGUGAGUUGAGAGAGAGAGGGAGGGAGCGCGCGCUCCGCGGUGAGCGGGACCGGACAGACUUGUGAGCGGUGUGAGUUGGAGCAGGUUGGCCGCUUGUUUCCUUCCCGCUCCUGGAGGAUCAUGGUCCUCUGACAGCGGCCGGGCUGCGGGGCGCCGCCGGCUCCUCCUGACCGCAAAAUGAAGCGUCUCUGUCGGAGGCUGGCGGUGGCCGUGGCGGUGCUGGUGUGGCUGGGAGCGCUGGUUUACCUGCUGGUGCUGAGCCGGAGGCGGCUGCCGGAGCUCGGUACCGGAGCAGGAGCAGGUGGUGGAGGCGGAGGAGGAGGAGGAGGAGCGGGAGGCGGAGAGGCGUACAACCAGAUCUCAGAUGCAGAGUGGGAGGACAUGUUGGAGGGUUUUGAUGAGCGGGGUUACCUGACGGCGCGGCGGUGGAAACCCGGUGACGACCCGUACACGCUGUACGCCUUCAACCAGAGGGAGAGCGAGCGUAUCCCCAGCAACCGAGCCCUGAGAGACACCAGGCACUACAGGUGCACCACUCUUCACUACGACUCUGAUCUUCCUCCAACCUCCAUCAUCAUCACCUUCCACAACGAGGCCAGGUCCACCCUGCUGCGCACCAUCAGGAGCGUUUUAAACCGAACUCCGGUUCAUCUCAUUCAUGAGAUCAUUCUGGUGGAUGACUUCAGCGACGACGAGAGUGACUGUCAGCUUCUCACCAAACUGCCCAAAGUCAAAUGUCUGCGCAACAACAAGAGAGAAGGUCUGAUCAGGUCCAGAGUGCGGGGGGCCGACGCCGCCCGGGCAGGCGUCCUCACCUUCCUGGACAGCCACUGUGAGGUCAACAAGGACUGGCUGCCCCCCCUCCUGCAGAGGAUCAAACAGGACCCAACCCGUGUGGUCAGCCCGGUCAUUGACAUCAUCAACAUGGACACGUUCGCCUACGUGGCGGCCUCGGCUGAUCUGCGUGGAGGUUUUGAUUGGAGCCUCCAUUUUAAGUGGGAGCAGCUGUCACCAGAACAGAGGGCUCGCCGGAUCGACCCCACUCAGCCAAUCAAGACUCCCAUCAUCGCAGGCGGGCUCUUUGUGAUUGACAGGUCCUGGUUCAAUCACCUCGGUAAAUACGACACGGCCAUGGACAUCUGGGGCGGGGAGAACUUUGAGAUCUCGUUCCGGGUGUGGCAGUGCGGCGGCAGUCUGGAGAUCCUCCCCUGCAGCAGAGUGGGUCACGUGUUCAGGAAGAAGCACCCGUACGUCUUCCCUGAGGGAAACGCCAACACCUACAUCAAGAACACUCACCGCACAGCCGAGGUGUGGAUGGAUGACUUCCGCCUCUUUUACUACUCUGCUCGUCCUGCAGCUCGAGGGAAAUCUUAUGGAGAUAUCCGAGGCAGAGUGGAACUUCGCAAGAAGCUCAAGUGCAAAUCCUUUAAGUGGUACUUGGACAACGUUUACCCAGAGCUCAAGGUCCCAGACGACUCGGACUCUCAGUCCGGGCCGAUCAGACAGAGGCAGAACUGUCUGGAGUCUCGCAGGGUGGAGGGGCAGGAGCUGCCCGUCCUCACCCUGGCCCCCUGCAUCGGGACGGAGGGCGUCCCCGCCAUCAACCAGGAGUGGGUGUACACUCACGGACAGCAGAUCCGUCAGCAGCAGCACUGUCUGUCUCUGUCCACCACCUUCCCCGCCUCCCAGGUCCUGCUGCUGCCCUGCAACAUGGCCGACGGCAAGCAGCGGUGGCAGAAGUCGGGGACUCACCUGGAGCACCUGGUCUCCCGGUUCUGCCUGGACUCAGAGAUGGCUCUGGACGGGAUGGACUCGUCACGGAUGCUGGUGAUCAGCCCCUGUGAACUGAGCGCAUACACACAGAGAUGGGAGGUCCCCUUCUCCUGACCCCUGACCCCGUGACCUUUCACCUGCCCCGUCACCCAUCCUCCGCCUCAAACACCUGGGCAAGAGACGAGCUGCCCAGACAGAGUGAAGAUGCAUGAGCACGUCAUGUCAAGGUGCUGCGUUCAGGAGAGUCCGACAGAAGGUUGACGAACGUUCGUAGAGUUUUUGAUGCAGAUCUGAAAUCCUGAUGCACUGAGGAUCUGUGCUGGACUGAGACACUGAGACACUGAGACAUGUCGGGUUUGUUUAAAGUGUCAACAUUCGAGGCUGUUCAGAAGUUUGGUGGAGAGUCAGACCAAGUGCACCUUAAAACCCUGAAACUUUGCUUGAGGAAAAAAAUAUCAUCAGAGAAAGUGUCUGUUUGAAUCUGGGAAUUAAGACCAAGCACAACUGGAGGUUUUAGUUCACUUGUUAAAAAAGCACAAACAAUCUGUUGCGUCUCUUCUUGCUCUAAAUUUCAGAACUUCAGUUUGCUUGUGACCACACUGGCUUCUUGGUACAGAAGGUAAAGAUCUCAAACCUCCGAGCGACUCAUCAAACAUCUCAAAUAUUUUUUAUUUCAAUUUUAUUCUCCAGUUGCAAGAAAACUUAAAGUAAACCCC